CAAGAGUUCAUUUAUUUUUUUAAGAAAUGGAAUCUAGUUCAUUAAAUUUCUUUAACAAAGACAAAGAAGAAGAAAGUUUGCUUGCAAAUGUUGCUUCCUUAAGGCAUGAACUGAAGAGAACAGAAUGGAGUUUGCAGAGUGUAGGGGAAGAGUUAUCCAGUGUUAGUCCAAGUGUAAAUUCCGAUUAUGCCUCCAAUCUGUCAAGGUGUGAAAGGCUUCUUCUGGAUGAUCUCUCUCAGCCUAGCCACUUUGGACUUUUGAAUUACUCACCUUAUAAAAAAGUUUGUAAAGUGAACAAUAACAACACUGAUUGUCAAAAAAAGACAAGUAAUAAGAUGUGUUAUUCAUCUUCUCCCCUGGAUCAGGAGAUCAAAAAUCUUCGAGAGAAACUUAAUAAACUUAGGCAACAGAAUGCAUGUUUGGUCUCACAAAAUCAUUCCCUAAUGACUAAAUUGGAAUCUGUUCAUUUUGAAUUAACACAGUCAAGAGCAAAAGUUUCCAUACUUGAAUCCGCUCAACAUCAGGCAGCCAAUGUGCCCAUUUUAGAAGAACAGAUUAUAAAUUUGGAAGCAGAAGUUUCAGCUCAAGAUAAAGUUUUGAGAGAAGCAGAAGAUAAAUUAGAGCAGAGUCAAAAAAUGGUGAUUGAAAAGGAACAGAGUUUGCAGAAAUCUCAAGAGGAAUGCAUAAAAUUGAAGGUAGACUUACUUGAACAAAGUAAACAAGGAAAGAGGGCUGAACGACAAAGGAAUGAAGCUCUGUAUAAUGCUGAGGAGCUGAGUAAAGCUUUCCAGCAUUACAAAGAAAAAAUCACUGAGAAACUAGAAAAGGUUCAAGCCGAAGAAGAAAUGCUAGAAAAAAAUCUAAAUAACAGCGAAAAAGAAAACAAAAGACUACAGGAAAAGUGUGGUCAGUAUAAAACUGAACUUGAAAUUCUGAAAGAGAAAUUAAGGCAGGUAAAAGAAGAUAAUAACAAUGGAAAAGAAAAAUUAAGAAUCAUGGCAGUGAAAAAUUCAGAAGUCAUGGCACAACUGACUGAAUCUAAACAAAAUAUUUUGAAACUAGAGAGUGAUCUAGAGGACAAAGAGGGGCUACUCAGAGAAAAACUUUCUCUAUUGAACGAAAACCGAGAAUUAAAGGUCCGUGUUGCAGCACAGAAUGAACAACUGGAUUUGCGUCAAAAAGAAAUAGAAAGUUCAAGGGUGGAACUGAAAAGUUUGGAAACAGUUAUGUCCCAGUUGCCAUUAAAAAGAGAAAUGUUUGCUUUUAAGUCAGCUCUUUCUAAGCCCCAGAUGAGGAAUGUAUCUAGCAAGGAAGAAAAUUACAUUGACUGCUGUGAGGCCAAUAAAAUGGUGAUUUCAGAACUGAGGAUUAAACUUGCAAUAAAAGAGGCAGAAAUUCAAAAACUUCAGGCGAAUUUGACUGUGAGUCAGUUAUCUCAGAGUAUUACUGCUUGUAAAGACAACCAAGAAAGUGACAAAAUAAAUAUUUUAGAAGAAGAGCCUAUAAAAAUAGGAGGUAAUCAAGUAGAAAUUGUAAAAAGUCAGAAUCAAUGUACUGUGACCCAGCAGUAUGAAAAAGAAAGACAAAAACUUGCUUCUGGGAUAGAAGAACUGCGUACUAAGUUGAUGAAAAUAGAAGCUGAGAAUUCCGAUCUGAAAAUGAGUAUGGCUCAUAGAACUACUCAGUUUCAGCUGAUUCAAGAGGAGCUACUAGAGAAAGCUUCAAACUCUAGCAAACUUGAAAGUGAAAUGACAAAGAAAUGUUCUCAACUUUUAACAAUGGAGAAACAGCUCGAAGAAAAGAUUGUUGCUUAUACCUCUGUUGCUGCAAAAAAUGCAGAGCUAGAACAGGAGCUCAUGGAAAAGAAUGAAAAGAUAAGAAGUCUAGAAACCAAUAUCAAUACAGAGCAUGAGAAAAUUUGCUUAGCUUUUGAAAAAGCAAAGAAAAUUCAUCUUGAACAGUAUAAAGAAAUGGAAAAACAGAUUGAAAGACUUGAAUCUCAACUAGUGAAAAAAGACCAACAAUUUAAAGAACAAGAAAAGACAAUGUCCAUGUUGCAACAAGACAUAAUAUGUAAACAGCAUCAUCUUGAAUCAUUAGACAGACUCUUGACAGAAAGCAAAGGGGAAAUGGAAAAGGAAAAUAUGAAGAAAGAUGAAGCCUUGAAAGCAUUACAGAACCAAGUAUCUGAGGAAACAAUAAAGGUCAGACAACUAGACUCAGCAUUGGAAAUUUGUAAGGAAGAACUUGCCUUGCACUUAAAUCAGUUGGAAGGAAAUAAGGAAAAGUUUGAAAAACAGCUAAAGAAGAAAUCUGAAGAGGUAUAUUGUUUACAGAAAGAGCUAAAAAUUAAAAGUCACAGUCUUGAAGAAACCACUGAACAAAAUGUGAUUCUGCAGCACACCCUUCAGCAGCAGCAGCAAAUGUUACAACAAGAGACAAUUCGAAAUGGAGAACUUGAAGACAUUCAGAUCAAACUUGAAAAGCAGGUAUCGAAACUGGAACAAGAUCUUCAAAAACAAAAGGAAAUUUCAGCUGAAAAAUUGCGAAAAAUGGAGGAGAAAUGUGAAUUAGCCACACAUGAAGCAGAUUUGAAAAGGCAAAAAAUUGUUGAGCUUACUGGUACAGCCAGACAAGUAAAACUUGAGAUGGACCAGUACAAAGAAGAGCUAUGUAAAAUGGAAAAAGAAAUUAUGCACCUAAAGCGAGAUGGAGAAAAUAAAGCAAUACAUCUCAGCCAAUUAGACAUGCUCUUAGAACAGACAAAGACAGAACUGGAUAAGAAAACAAAUGCUGUGAAGGAGUUGGAAAAAUUGCAAAACCACACGGAGAAUGAGCUAGCAGAAGCCUUACAGAAGCGGGAAGUAUUGGAGACGGAACUGCAAAAUGCACAUGGAGAAUUAAAAACUACUUUAAGACAGCUUCAGGAAUUGAGGGAUGUACUACAGAAAGCUCAGUUAGCAUUAGAGGAAAAAUACUCUACUAUAAAGGAUCUCACAGCUGAACUUAGGUCAUGCAAGAUGGAGAUUGAAGACAAAAAACAAGAGAUCCUUGAAAUGGAUCAGUCACUCAAGGAGAAUUGGGAGCUAAAGCAAAGAGCAGCUCAAGUCUCACAUUUGGAUAUGACUAUUCGUGAGCACAGAGGAGAAAUGGAGCAAAAAAUAAUUAAAUUGGAGGUACUCUGGGAAAAUCAGACUUGGGAACUUAAAGAAUGUAACAAACAGAUAGAAACUUUGAAUGAUAAAUUACAAAAUGCCAAAGAACAACUUCGAGAGAAAGAGUUUAGAGCACUCCAAAGUGACCAAGAGAUAAGUCAAUUGAAGAAAGAAACUGAACGAACUCAACUAAAGGUGAAAGAAAUGGAAAAUGUUGUGAAAGAACAGGAAAAGUACAUUGCAACUCAGUACCAGGAGGCCAAAGAUUUGAAACAAGAACUGAGGCUGACAGCAGAGAAAACACAGAACUCUCAGGCAGAGUUGCAAGAAGCUCAUCGUCAGCUAUUCCAAGCCCAGAGAGAAGUAGAAAGGCUCUCGAAUGAGCUAGAGGAAAUAAAGCAGCUCUCUAAAGAGAAAGAAGCUCAGGGACAUCAUUUAGCUGAAGAACUGGGGGCUUCUCAAGUUCGAGAAGCACAUUUAGAAGCAAGACUACAAGCAGAAAUUAAGAAAUUGUUAACAGAAGUAGAAUCUCUCAAAGAAGCUUAUCAGAUGGAGAUGAUUUCACAUCAAGAGAACCAUGCAAAAUGGAAGAUUUCUGCAGACUCACAGAAGACUUCUGUUCAGCAACUCAAUGAACAGUUAGAAAAAGCAAAACUGGAAUUAGAAGAAGCUCAAGACACUGUAAGCAAUUUGCACCAACAAGUUCAAGACAGAAAUGUAGUAAUCGAAGCCACAAAUGAAGCGUUACUUGUUAAAGAAUCAGAGUUAACCAGAUUACAAGCCAAAAUGUCGGGACAUGAAAGGACAGCCUCAUUUUCAUCCCCAACAGAAAUUAUGCCUGAUGUUCAGAAUCCAAGGUUCAUUAAAUAUCAUCACGCAUCUUUUUCAAAAUGUAGAAAACUACGUCGCUCCAUUAGUGCCAGUGACCUUAGUUUCAAAUCUCAUAAUAGUGAAGAUCUUUCUGAAGAAUUAUUACAGGACUUAACAAAAAUGCAUUUAGAACAACCUUCAACAUUAGAAGAAAGCCACCACCAGCCAGACUCAUUUAAACCUCUUCUGUAUGAAAUGGAAGAUGAUGCUUCUGAGAAUAAUGACUUCAAUACUCUUAGUGGAAUGCUCAAAUACAUAAACAAAGAAGUGAGACUAUUAAAAAAAUCUUCUAUGCAAACAGGUCUAACUCAGAUUGGUAUCUCUGAAGGGGAUCGUAGAGGGCUCAUGAGGCAGGACCAACAGAAAAAUGGUGAUUCAGAUGAUGGAGACAGGAGGCAUGGCUUUGGCAGGCAACAGCAGCAACCUGUUUUCGAGGCAGAGCUCUCCGAUUUGCCCUCUAAUGGUGAAGUGAAUCAUCCUGACUUCGAUUACCACAUUGUGCCCGUCUUUGGAAAAAUUUUGAUACCACCACAGCUUGCUUUUGCCUAUCAAAACAUGUCCAAGAGGACUGGAGCAGUAGUACAGUGGGAUUAUAUUUACAAGGAGACCAAAGAAACACAGUUUCUGGAGCAUCAGGAAAUGCCACAGUAA